UAUAUGAUUUGUGUUUAAGGAUAUAAUGAAAAGAAAUAUGAACAUCCUAACGACGAAGGGUUAGCGAAGAGGAAAAUACUCUCAUCGGGAACGUAAACAAUGUGCAUUCAUUAAUAAAAAUAGUGUGGAAGCAAAUCGAGGCCAAUCCGUUAUUUCUAAAGCCACAUAUUUUGACAAGAAUAAAAUAACACAACAGCAGAGUUUUUCAAUAGUAAUUUUGAUAAAGACUUGAAAUUCAUACAUAGUAAAAAGGUAAACAAGAGUUAGAAAUUGAAUGUGACUCCGUACACUUACCCUUUUCCGGUAAAGUAUAAGAAAAGCUAUCAGAAAUGUCUACAUUAAGGGGUUGGCGAUAUGGGUUGUUCCUUGGAGGACUUGUAGGAUUCAUCAGUGCAGCACUUUACCCUAUCAUCAUAUACCCAAUGAUGCAUGUGGAUGAUUACAAAAAGAUCCAGGCAGAAAAUCGCAAAGGUGUUAAUCAGGAGGAAAUUCAACCAGGAAAUAUGAAGGUCUGGUCAGAUCCAUUUGACAGAAAGCAAUGAUGCCAGUGCAAGUAACAUAUAGUCAUAGGAAUGAAAAUAUAAUUCAUUAAUUGUAAAUUCUUACUAUAUAAAUAAACUUAUUCUUA